ACAGAUAUCUCCCCUGUCAGCUCCUGCACACUGCUUUGUGCGUACACUCACAACAGUCAUCCAAAGCAGUGUGCUUACAGUGAAGCACACGGACACAUCCAGCACACAGUUAACCCUUUGAUCGGCCCUCAUGCUAACCCCUUCCUGCCCGGUGAUAUUAGUACAGCGUCAGUGCUUUUUUUUAGCACUGAUCACUGUAUUGGUGUCAUUGGGGAUGUCAGUGACACCAAGUCAGUUCCCCCCAGUGCCAGAAUGUCCUCUGCAGUACUUCCAUAA